AUGCCAGGGUUGACAUCUCUCCCCCCUGAGCUACGAAACAAUAUCUACGACCUCCUCCUCCACGUUGACCAUCCGAUCUCGAUUGUAUCUUCUCGCAAGGCGCGCAAGGCGCCAGAAACCCCCGCAUCACAGAUGAUGGACGAAUUUUUCCAUCGGAUGCCGGUCCAGCGGCCAGAGAAGCAUUUCGCGAGUCUGAUUCGCGUUUCCAAGCAGAUUGGGGACGAGGCGCGCACGACCUUCUAUGGCCAGAACAAGUUCGUCCUGGGUAAUGGCCCCUGGGGCAGCACGUAUGAGCCGAACAUGCAUGGUCUCAAGACUUUCCUCUCUCGAGUCCCGCACCACGCUGUCGCUCAGAUCAAGCAGUUGGAGCUCGCCAUCUACUUUACGCGUAACGACGUCACCCAUGCUUCCCACCAGAGAAUGUUCCCCAACGACGUAUCGGAGUUCGAGCGUCUGUGCAAGACGAUCCUGAAACACUUCACCGGCGUUACAAAGAUCGUCGUGGUGGAGCGGAGUGUGGUUAGAGGGUACGGCGAGGCGGGAGUGAAGAAUGGCCCGGCGAAAGCGAUGAUCAUGCUGCUGCGUGAUUUGAAAAAACUCGAGGAAAUCGUCUUCGUGCGCGAUGAACACUGCUGGAUGGAUUUGGAUCGGCUGGCCCGCGCUUUAAGCAACAAGUCUCCGGUUGGAUUCAAGGCACUGGUCGGCAAGAUAUUGGAGAUUCAGGGCGCCCAAGGAAAAGACGGCGAAGAGGAGAAGCGGAUUAUUUGGAGAUCUGCAGAGACAACGCCCACGAAUCAGUCUCAGUGGAGUUUGUAG